GGUGAGAGGAAGACACGAAGAGCCAACAUGGGAGUAGAGAUUGAGACCAUAACUCCGGGAGAUGGACGGACCUUCCCGAAGAAGGGGCAGCGCGUCGUGGUUCAUUAUGUCGGCACACUGGCAGAUGGGAAGGUGUUUGACUCCUCGAGGUCCCGGGGGAAACCGUUCAAAUUCAAGAUUGGACACCAGGAGGUGAUUCGAGGCUGGGAGGAAGGAGUAGCGCAGGUGAGGAGCUGGUUUUUUACUAUAAAUAGCUUUAUCACUGGAAAUGAUAUAUGCUUUAUCGUGCAGUUAUUCACAUAACAUGUUCACUGCUGUGUGCAUUACUUCAUUUAGUUGCAGACACUGUCUCUAAACAGAAUUGCA